AUGUCAUCUCAUAUUAAAAAUCUCAUGUCGGCAGGGUCGUAUUUCGAUACACUACCAAAUGAGGCCCAUGAUUUUAGGAAACCCACCGCUAUGGUAGUAACGACGCAACUAACGAUUGCUACCUUGUUGGGCCUUUUUGCCUUACUUUCAUUCUCUAUUCUGUUGAAGAAGUGGCCAAGAUUGUAUGCAAGCAGAAGGUAUAAAGAUGAGGGAAAUCUUCGAUUACCAUCCUGGAAUCAGUCAAGUUUAUUUGGUUGGCUGGCCGUCUUAUAUAGAAUAGGGGACGAACAAAUUUUGGAAUAUGCAGGUUUAGAUGCGUAUGUGUUCUUAAGCUUUUUCAAAAUGUGCAUUAAGCUAGUUUCCAUUUUCUGUUUCUUUUCCUUAUGCGUUAUAUCUCCAGUGAGGUAUCAUUUUACAGGAAAAAUUGAUGAUGGUAACGAUGAUGAUGAUAAAUCUUUCAUACGUCUAGUGAAAAGAGUUAUGGAGGGAAGCGGCGAUGAUGAUGGCCACUCAGCUCCUGAACGUACGAAUGUGUACCUCUGGAUGUAUGUUAUUUUCACAUAUUUUUUCACCUUUAUAGCAAUUAAAAUGAUGGUCGCCGAAACAAAGCAUGUUGUGAAUACUAGGCAAGCAUACCUUGGCAAACAAAAUACCAUUACUGAUAGAACAAUUAGACUGUCAGGUAUUCCAAUAGAGCUUCGUGAUUCGGAUGCUCUAAAGACAAGAAUUGAACAGCUGAAAAUUGGUACUGUGUCAUCAAUCACUAUUUGUCGAGAAUGGGGUCCCUUGAAUAGGCUAUUCCAUUGUCGGAAAAAAAUCCUCAGAAACUUAGAACAGAAGUACGCAGAAUGUCCAAGCGAGCUACGUACUCGACAACCAUCCUCAGAGAAUUAUCGUUUAACAGGAACACAGCAAAAUAACGUGCCUUCACAURAAGGAACAACCCCAUCAAACGAUCACAAUGAGGACGAUGGUGUACUAUACUCUCAAAUUUCUUUGGGAGAAAGACCGAAAAUGAAAACUGGAUAUCGUGGUAUGUUCGGAAAGGAGGUGGAUGCUAUAGAAUAUUUAGAGCAGCAACUAAAGUUUAUUGACCUAGAAAUUACAGAGGCAAGAAAGGAACACUACUCUGCAACACCUACCGCAUUUGUGACAAUGGACUCUGUAGCUAACGCCCAGAUGGCGGCACAAGCUGUGUUAGACCCUAGGGUACAUUAUUUUAUAACCAGGUUGGCACCUGCACCUCAUGAUAUUAAGUGGGACCACGUUUGCCUUUCUAGAAAGGAUCGUUUAACAAAAGUUUAUUCCACUACUGUAUUCAUAGGACUUUCAAGUUUAUUUUUGGUUAUUCCAGUGUCAUACCUAGCCACUUUACUGAAUUUGAAAACCCUUUCAAAAUUCUGGCCAAGUGUGGGAAAGUUGUUGAAAGAACAUCAAUGGGCCGCCAACAUCGUGACCGGUUUAGUACCAACUUAUAUUUUUACUUUGCUCAACUUCGUCAUUCCUUACUUUUAUGAAUAUUUGACUUCAUACCAAGGUUUAGUAUCAUAUAGCGAAGAGGAGAUUUCACUUGUUUCCAAAAAUUUUUUUUAUAUUUUUGUUAAUCUUUUCUUAGUGUUCACGUUAGCAGGUACCGCAUCUAAUUAUUGGGCGUAUCUCAGUGAUACUACAAAAAUCGCCUAUCAACUUGCUACAUCGGUCAAAGAGUUCUCAUUGUUUUAUGUUGAUUUAAUCAUAUUACAAGGUAUUGGUAUGUUCCCCUUUAAGUUGCUUUUGGUUGGUAGUUUAAUUGGCUUCCCAUUAGUGAAAAUCCAAGCUAAAACUCCUAGACAACGGAACGAACUCUACAAUCCACCCAUUUUUAAUUUUGGAUUACAGUUACCACAGCCGAUUUUAAUUCUGAUUAUAACACUAAUUUAUAGUGUUAUGAGUACAAAAAUUCUGGCAUCGGGGUUGGCGUAUUUUAUCAUUGGAUUCUAUGUUUAUAAAUAUCAAUUGAUCUUUGCGACAGAUCAUUUGCCUCAUUCGACAGGGAAAGUAUGGCCUUUAAUUUAUAGAAGAAUUAUCGUUGGAUUGCUAUUGUUCCAGUUGACCAUGGUAGGUACACUGACAGGGUUUGAAGGAGGAUGGGUUUUGUCAUCCUGCCUCUUCCCCCUACCAGUGAUAACAUUAUGUUUCCUAUAUGAUUUUGAAAAGAACUACUUGCCUCUAUCGCAAUAUAUUGCAUUAAGUUCGAUUCGAGAGUACGAAAGAGAUAAUUCUCUGGUUAGCUCCAUCAGCGGCGAAGAAUCUUAUGCUUACCCUUACGCUGUGAGUGAACUAGAGGGUCCGAUGCUAGACUAA